ACUCCAUAUCCAUCCAUCCAUCCAUCCAUGCAUCCAUCCAUUCAUCCAUCCAUCCAUCGCAUGGGAUGAUGAAAUGAGAAGGCAGCUGUACACUCGCAGAGACAAGACGAAGCAACGAACGCGUCAGGCCAUUCCUCCCUCCCUCCCUCCCUCCCUCCCUGCGGUCAGUCGAAGUGGUAUUCUCUCUGCUUCAGCAGCCUGUCCACCUUGCUGCCGAUCUCUUGCAGCGCCGCCUGCAUGGCGGCCACCUGCUGCUGUAGACUUGCAAGGGCACCAGCGUCGUACCCCUCCACCACCAAGUUGUGCACCUCCUCCAGCGUCUUGGCCGUCCUCAGCUGGUCCUCGUGGAUCACAUCCGCGUGAUCUUCCAGGAUCGCCAGAUUCUUGUUCACCGUGUUGAACCGCUGGUCGACGGCAGUCCGCAGCUUGCUGAUGGAGCUCUUGAUGCUCUCAAGGGUCGGUUUCUGCAGCUGUUCUCCCUCCUCUUUAAUGAGUGAACCGCCCAUUGUGCAGGUGCCCUCCGCUGGUCGCUGCGGCUCGUGGCGUGAAUCGAUGGAUGAGGCGUCGGUGGUGCCGAAAAACCCGACCAGCAAGGCGAUUACCAACCAAACAGUCAACAUCAUCAGCGAUG